GAUCCUCGUCAGAAUCAGUUCGGGCUUCUUCAGCGACUGUACCUUGUGUCUUGUGUUGGAUAACCCUUCGAAUUCCUCCUCCUCCGCCUUCGCCAUGGCCUCCAACGGAAUCCUCGUCGCCGUCCUCCUGGUCUCAGUGGCCGCCCUGACACAGGCCUCGCAGGUCACGCAGAAGGAGACAGCGCGCCUCUUCGACUCCAACACGGACGGCACUUCCCUCACCCUCGACUCUGGCACUGCCUUCGUCAUCCUCAUGGCUUUCCUCGUCGCUAUCGGUGCCAUCUUCUUCGGGUUCUUGAAGAAUGAUCCCUUAAAGAAUGAUCCCUUCAAGUCCCAGAGCUAUGCGGCUCCUACCGCCUACGCCUCCGCCCCCGUCUACGCCCAGGAGGAACACUCAUACUCCGUUCACCGUUCUCUUGAAGACGCGGCCAACAAGUACCAGUAGGAACGGCUUGCUUGAACGAACUUUUUUGGGUUUGGAAAAGAGAGAGAGAGAGAGAGAGAGAGAGAGAGAGAGAGAGGAGAGAAAAACGCAA